AUGACGACUUCGCGACAGGCUCGAGCCUCUCGCUCUCUACGUCAGGCACAAGGAGUUGCCAAUAGCACGAGCAGUUCGAGUGGUAAGCCUCCCCACCCGCUAGAGUCGAUCGAGAUGUCGUUCCUCUCGAACGCGACGAGUUUCGUCGAUAAUAAGGGCGUGGGGCACGUUAAGGUGAACAAUGGCGUGGACUGGUCGAACAUUUUGCCCAAGGACGCUACCGUGCAUAUUUCCUACGGCGGGUCAGGGUCGAAGGAGGAGAUUCUCGUUGUCCCGAUUGAUCGAAACACAUCGGAUGCUACGUCUCCCGCCAACAAGAGCGUACCGAAGGUGGCCGAAGAGGUACCAACAGGGUCCGGCAGUAGUGAAAACAUCGAGGUGGUCGUGGACACAGGAUCGGACUCGACGGUGCUGAUCGUCGUUGGCUCCGUGCUCGGUGUGGUUGCGAUUGUGGCCGUGAUUGCCGUGGCAGUGUACGGCCGAAGAAUUCGACGUCGCGCGCAAUCCGACGACCAGAGUAGCACCGACGAGGCGUUUAUUGUGGGCUCGCGGCAGCACCGACCUGCUCCGCCUCCUAGUGCGUUGGACACGGACAUGACUCCAGACCUCUGGGUCGAAGGCCAGUACCAGUACUCGCCCAACAUGAGUCGCUUGCAGUCGUCGCUCAAUGGCACUGCGAUUCUAUCGGACAACAAAACAACUCCGAUGCACGACCGACUUACGGUUGACGCUUACCCGACGAGUGGGCGAGGCCAUCACGGCCACAGUGGACGAGGCGAUAGCGGACGCGUUGGACACAAAAAGAGUACUCGACUCGACCAGCACGAGCUUGGCCAGGCUGCUCAUAGUGCAAGUGACGAGCACCGACGUGCUGGACGCGGUCGUUCGGACUAUGGCCGAAGUAUGCGAAGCACUGACGGUCGUCAGGAUCGCAGUAGCCACUAUGACCGCAGUGGCCACUAUGACCGCAGUCUGCGACGGGAUCUAGGGACGCUGGAGGACAUUUCGGAUCGAGGGCGUCAUCGAGCAGGCACGACACCGAUCGUCUUGUACGACGAAGACUCGAUCGAGGACCAGCACCACUCGAGUCGAAAACACCGCGCGCGACCGCCUCGACCGCAUCCGCCACCGUUUCAACAACACGACGUGCAUCCACAAGCACAGCAGCAGCACCAACAGCAGCAGCAGCAACAGCGUCGUCGUGAUAAGGACAGUGCUUCGAGGCGAGAUAGAUAA